UGAUAUAGAAAGGUUGCGUAAGCGAUUCAUGAAGUUGGACAGCAAUGGCGAUGGAACAAUUGAUAAAGACGAGUUUCUUACCAUCCCCGGUGUCUCCUCCAACCCACUAGCAACAAGAUUGAUGGAAGUGAUCGACGUGGAUUCCUCAGGGUCGAUAGAUUUCCAGGAGUUUAUCAGUGCCUUGUCUAUUUUCUCCAACAAGACCUCGAAAGAGGAAAAAUUGAGGUUUGCCUUCAGUGUUUAUGAUAUCGACAAGGAUGGGGUAAUAUCAAAUGGAGAAUUAUUCAUAGUGUUGAAGGUGAUGGUGGGAAAGAACUUGACUGACGAGCAGUUACAGCAAAUUGUGGACAAAACCAUAAUGGAAAACGACCUAGAUGGCGAUGGAACGUUGGAUUUCGAAGAGUUCAAAAAAGCUGUGGAACACACUGAGAUUGCAAACUCGUUGACAUUGCAUUCUUUUUAAAGCACCUAAAUAUAUAGCAACAAGCACCAGUUGUGCUCAAGACAUGACAUUAUCACAUUACCACAUUUACACUUUAGCACUGUAAUUCUUAGACACAUUGAUGGCAAAGACUCCCAUGCCAGAGCCCUUCGCAAGAGCCUGGCAAUGCAAGAAUAACCAGAGUAGUUUAAUAAACCUCCUUCCAACAGUAGCUUCAGUCGAACGUUU